CCCGCGCCCUGAUUGGCGGGCGGGGCAGCCAGAGUGAAGAUAGUCCCAGUCCUAAGAGACAACGCCUUUCUCAUUCAGUCUUUGACUAUACAGCAGCAUCACCAGCCCCAUCACCACCAAUGCGACCAUGGGAGAUGACAUCAAAUAGGCAGCCUCCUUCAGCUCGACCCAACCAACAUCACUUCUCAGGGGAACGAUGCAACACACCUGCACGCAACAGGAGGAGUCCUCCUGUUAGACGCCAGAGAGCGAGAAGGGAUCGGCUGUCUCGACACAAUUCCAUUAGUCAAGACGAAAACUAUCACCAUCUCUCCUAUGGACAGCAACAAGCAAUAGAAGAGCCCCGAGCCUUCCACCCACCGAAUGUAUCCCCCCGUAUGUUGCACCCAGCCGCUCAUCCGCCACAGCAGAAUGCAGUGAUGGUCGACAUUCAUGAACAGAUCCACCAGGGCACAGUCCCUGUCUCAUACACAGUAACAACGGUGGCACCACAUGGGAUUCCGCUCUGCACAGGCCAGCACAUACCAGCUUGUAACACACAGCAGGUCCCAGGAUGUUCUGUGGUUUUCAGUGGACAGCACCUUCCCGUCUGCAGUGUGCCUCCUCCAAUGCUUCAGGCAUGCUCAGUCCAACACUUACCAGUACCAUACGCAGCAUUCCCACCCCUUAUUUCUAGUGAUCCAUUUCUUUUGCAUCCUCCUCACCUCUCUCCGCACCAUCCUCCUCACCUGCCACCGCCAGGCCAGUUCGUUCCCUUCCAAACACAACAGUCACGCUCGCCACUUCAAAGGAUAGAGAACGAAGUAGAACUUCUUGGAGAACACCUUCCGGUAGGAGGUUUUACCUACCCUCCCUCAGCCCAUCCACCAACAUUGACUCCCUCAGCCCCUCUCCAGUUCUUAACGCACGACCCUUUACACCAGGAGGUGUCCUUUGGAGUACCUUAUCCACCCUUUAUGCCUCGAAGACUCACAGGGCGCAGUAGAUACCGAUCCCAGCAGCCAAUACCACCACCCCCUUAUCAUCCCAGCCUGUUACCAUAUGUGCUAUCAAUGCUUCCAGUGCCACCUGCAGUUGGACCAGCUUUCAGCUUCGAGUUGGAUGUGGAAGAUGGAGAGGUGGAAAACUAUGAGGCGCUGUUGAAUUUGGCAGAACGAUUGGGAGAAGCCAAACCACGAGGACUGACAAAGGCAGACAUUGAACAGCUUCCAUCUUACAGGUUCAAUCCAAACAACCACCAGUCAGAACAGACUUUGUGCGUAGUAUGCAUGUGUGAUUUUGAGUCAAGGCAGCUACUUAGAGUCUUACCUUGUAACCACGAGUUCCAUGCCAAGUGUGUCGAUAAAUGGCUUAAGGCAAAUCGUACCUGCCCAAUUUGUAGAGCUGAUGCUUCAGAAGUGCAUCGUGAUUCAGAAUGACCAAUCUAAGAGCACAAUUCUAGUUUGGGUGUUCCUAGUCACAUGUAUAGACGAACUAUCCAUUGAACUUACCCGUGUGGCUGCCAGCCUUCCCUUUACACAAAAGGGUCAAUGGACCUUUUUUUGCACUGUGUGAUUUAAUCAAUUAUAAAGCUUAUAAUUAGUCUUCACAAUUAUGGGAUUGUUAUACUAACCGUGUGAUUGGAACUCCAAAGAUUUUAUUUUCUUUAGCUUAAUUUUGUGUGUGCACUAACAUUCCCUGGUUUUUGUGUGAUCAUUCCAAGUGUUGCUGCGAGAUUACAGUGGACGUGAUCUUUUAGCAUGUGCUUUUAUAAAAAGUGGUAGCUCCAAACAAUAUAGCAAUCUACCUUAUAUAGAGCCUUCAGAUACUGUGAGUGGGAACGAAUGGUGUGGGUGGGAGUAUGUAUGCGCACACGAGAGUUUGUGUGGGGUGUGCUAGCG